AUGGCAUCGUACAAGCUUUUUCUCAUUGCUUUCUUAGUGAGUCUUUCUUCUUCUAUUAUGAUCAAGACUUGUUCGGCGUCACGCCAUCUUCUCCAGCAACAACCUCUUCCUCAAAUUCCAAAUAUGCCUAUUCUAACAACGGGACUACCUCCAUUGCCAUCGACUUUGCCACAACCAACUCUUCCCACCAUUCCCACUUCAAUUCCUCCAUUGCCACAACCAACUGUUCCAACUAUUCCCACUUCCAUCGCUCCAUUUCAAUGCCAACUUUGCUUUCAUUUCCUACAACAAUCCCUUCUCUCAUCCAUUCCAUUUUUCUCUCCUCCGCCUACUACAACUACAUCGAGUCCUUGA